AGUCUGAGUGACUGCUCGCCCGACAGGAAGGCUACUCAAAACUACUUUCUGCGUUUUAUUUCUCUCUUCCGUCAAAUUAAAUGUCAUGGAGCCUCAGCGGUACCCCGUCAGCAUCCGACUCAUUGGAGUGAUGCACAAGGAGAAGAGCAAAAUGUACAUGACCUCCGUGCUGUGGUCGGACCAGAACGACAUUGUGGUUUACCGAAGCUUUCAAGAUUUUAAGAAAAUGCAUAAACAAAUGAAGAAAGCAUUCCCACCUGCUAAUCCCCUGAAAAAAUCUGACAGGAUCAUCCCCAAAUUUCGAGACCAGAAGAUGCGGCGCGGUAAGAAGAAGGGUCCCAGUAAAUCGCUUGUCCGCCUCAAAUUUUUGGAAAAGUAUUGCAAUGAUCUUCUGAGCUGCGACCCGCGGGUCAUACAGACUCCCAGCCUCAUCCAGUUCUUCCAUCCGAAAGACCAGGACCUGCAGCCGGAGUUCGCCAAGAACAGUAUCAUGGUGAUGCCUUCAGAUGACAUCAUGGGAGGUGAAGGAGGACAGGAGAGCAGAGUUGGUGGUGGCAACGUGACCCAGCCGUUUGUGACUCAGACGUACCGAUGUGUGGCCCCUUAUGAGACCAAGGACACCAAGAAUAAACCCUUCAAAGUGGCAGUGGAUGAAAAAUUAGACGUACUCAUCAAAGACAAAGCAGGGUGGUGGCUCGUGGAGAAUGAGGACAAGCGGUUGGCCUGGUUCCCUGCCCCCUUCCUGGAGAAAGUACAUGAUGAUGAUGAUGAUGAUGAUGGGGUUGAAGAUGACAUAGAUGGGCCUGGUGGAAGAGGUAUGCUGUAUACUGCAGCCAAGAGCUACAAGGCCACCAAAGAUGACGAGCUGACUGUGGAAAUUGGUUCAGUGGUGGAAGUCCUGCAGAAGUCUGAGAAUGGCUGGUGGCUCAUUAGGUACAGUGGUAAAGCAGGCUAUAUCCCUUCCAUGUUCCUGAAGCCCUACAACAACCCUCAUGUUCGCAUGGCAGCCCUUCAGCUGGACCUACGCAGCUCUACCCUAAACCUAUCCCAGCUCCAGGUCCCCUCUUCAGGCCUGGCACGCCAGUCCCAUCAGCUCAGCUACUCGCAAGGCAACCUCCUGCAGCUGCCUGGCAACCGCCCCUCCUCACCCACUCCUGUCCAGCCUCCCAACAAGUACAAGUCUCGCUCUCUGAACACCCUGUCUGAGCCCCACCAGGUCCAGCCUGUGGUGAGCCCCAUCAGCUCUGCUGCAGACACUGGCACUGCCAAUCCCACAGCAAACCAUGCUCCUGCACCCACUAUCAUGGUGGAGAUGCAUGAAGAAGAGGAACGUGGGAGGAGCAGAACAGUGGAAAGUGAGGGAAGCUUUGGAAGUGAGAGCAGCGAGUUCAGCUUCAGCGAUGACCUCAGUUCCUCCUCAGCAAGCUCCUCCCUCAAUCUGAGCAGUGGCCCUGUGGAUAAACAGCUGCACCUCAGCCGUACCCCUCCACCCAUGAUGGCCAACCGCCUCAGCCCUGCCAGCGAUAUGGAUGCUAAAAUAGCUACCAGCACCUCCGACCCCAACCUGUACAGGGGUCCCACAACACCCAAGGUGCCACCUAGGCCACGGGCCCAGGAGAUCCUCACCCGCUGUACCACUAUCACACGCAAGAAUGCCUCCAGACCUGGGACGCCAUCUGCACAAACUGAGAUUCUGAGCCGCUGAAGUUUGCCAUGAAAAUACUCUGUUGAUGUUGACAUUUUGUUACCAGGAACAAGUGAACUGCAGCUAGCCUCCUUUGGCCUACAGAUGGACGCCGGCAGCUUGAAAUAGAUGGUCAAACAGUUGGUAGAUGGUUCACUUAAACGCUGCGGGCAAAGGACUGUUUAGGGUGUAAUUAUGCCCAGAGAAGAGUUGUUGUUUUGGUUGUACAUGCAACCAAACAUUAGACCAGAUACUUUGGCAUGACUGUGGAAAAUUGUCAAGUUGCCCAUUUGCUUUAAUCUUUGAAGAAAGUUUGUAUUUAAGUAUAAGUAUUUUUCAGUGGCUUUAUGUUUGUCACAUUUGUCUGGCUCUGUGCAAAACAGAAACUUACAAGUUAUAUGGAUAAAUAAGACAAUCGACGAAGAUAAGCUCAGUAGGCCUAUAUGUGAUCUAUCCCCUGCCAGUCUGUCUUGAAUGCCCAUCACUUUUCCAAACAGGAAAACUAGUGUUGUGCCUUAUAUGCAUCUUUUACUGUGACAAAACACACAUCUGUUCUAAAUCUGUUGAUUUCCUAUAACAAACCAUAUAAU